UGUGGUAGCGCUCGGGCGCCAUGUUAGGACGAAGGGGAAGGAGGAGAAGCGCUUAAAGCGGCGGGAGCGGUGCGGGAGUGGGGUUGGACCCAGGGCUGAGGCAGGCCCCCCCCUCCCUCCCGCCUCAGUGGAUCAUGCCCAGGGCGGCAGCGGCGGCGGUUGCGGGGGGGAAGUGACUGGGCGGUGCCGGCGCAGGAGACGAUGCCGUUUCCAGUUACCGCGCAGGGCUCACAGCAGACACCGCCGCCGCAGAAGCACUAUGGCAUUACCUCCCCCAUCAGCCUAGCAGCCCCCAAGGAGACCGACUGCCUGCUUACACAGAAACUCAUUGAGACUCUGAAGCCCUUUGGGGUUUUUGAAGAGGAAGAGGAACUGCAGCGCAGGAUUUUAAUCUUGGGAAAAUUAAAUAACCUGGUAAAAGAGUGGAUACGAGAAAUCAGUGAGAGCAAGAAUCUUCCACAAUCUGUAAUUGAAAAUGUUGGAGGAAAAAUUUUUACAUUUGGAUCUUACAGAUUAGGAGUACAUACAAAAGGUGCCGAUAUUGAUGCGUUGUGUGUUGCGCCAAGACAUGUUGAUCGGAGUGACUUUUUCACCUCAUUCUAUGAUAAGUUGAAAUUACAGGAAGAAGUAAAAGAUUUAAGAGCCGUUGAAGAGGCUUUUGUACCAGUUAUCAAACUGUGUUUUGAUGGGAUAGAGAUUGAUAUUUUGUUUGCAAGAUUAGCACUGCAGACUAUUCCAGAAGACUUGGACUUACGAGAUGACAGUCUGCUAAAGAAUUUAGAUAUAAGAUGCAUAAGAAGUCUUAACGGUUGCAGGGUAACCGAUGAAAUUUUACAUCUAGUACCAAACAUUGACAACUUCAGGUUAACUCUGAGAGCUAUCAAACUGUGGGCCAAACGCCACAACAUCUAUUCCAAUAUAUUAGGUUUCCUCGGUGGUGUUUCCUGGGCUAUGCUAGUAGCAAGAACUUGCCAGCUUUAUCCAAAUGCAAUAGCAUCAACUCUUGUACAUAAAUUUUUCUUGGUAUUUUCUAAAUGGGAAUGGCCAAAUCCAGUGCUAUUGAAACAGCCUGAAGAAUGCAAUCUUAAUUUGCCUGUAUGGGACCCAAGGGUAAACCCCAGUGAUAGGUACCAUCUUAUGCCUAUAAUUACACCAGCAUACCCACAACAGAACUCCACGUACAAUGUGUCCGUUUCAACACGGAUGGUCAUGGUUGAGGAGUUUAAACAAGGUCUUGCUAUCACAGAUGAAAUUUUGCUGAGUAAGGCAGAGUGGUCCAAACUUUUUGAAGCUCCAAACUUCUUUCAAAAGUACAAGCAUUAUAUUGUACUUCUAGCAAGUGCACCAACAGAAAAACAGCGCCUAGAAUGGGUGGGCUUGGUGGAAUCAAAAAUCCGAAUCCUGGUUGGAAGUUUGGAGAAGAAUGAAUUUAUUACACUGGCUCAUGUGAAUCCCCAGUCAUUUCCAGCACCCAAAGAAAAUCCUGACAAGGAAGAAUUUCGCACGAUGUGGGUGAUUGGGUUAGUGUUUAAAAAAACAGAAAACUCUGAAAAUCUCAGUGUUGACCUCACCUAUGAUAUUCAGUCUUUCACAGAUACAGUUUAUAGGCAAGCAAUAAACAGCAAGAUGUUUGAGGUGGACAUGAAAAUUGCCGCAAUGCAUGUAAAAAGAAAGCAACUCCAUCAGCUGCUACCUAAUCAUGUUCUUCAGAAAAAGAAAAAGCAUUCAACAGAAGGCGUCAGAUUGACAGCUCUCAACGACAGCAGCCUCGACUUGUCUCUGGACAGUGAUAACAGCAUGUCUGUGCCUUCACCCACGAGUGCUAUGAAGACCAGUCCAUUGAACAGUUCUGGCAGCUCCCAGGGCAGAAACAGUCCUGCUCCAGCUGUAACAGCAGCAUCUGUGACCAACAUACAGGCUACUGAAGUUUCUGUGCCACAAGUAAAUUCCAGUGACAGCUCAGGGGGUACAUCGAGUGAAAGCAUUCCUCAAACUGCCACACAACCAGCCAUUUCACCACCACCAAAGCCUACGGUCUCCAGAGUGGUUUCUUCAACACGUCUGGUAAACCCACCACCUAGACCUUCAGGAAACACAGCAACAAAAAUACCUAAUCCUAUAGUAGGAGUCAAGAGGACAUCCUCACCUCAUAAAGAAGAGAGUCCCAAGAAAACCAAAACAGAAGAGGAUGAAACAAGCGAAGAUGCUAACUGUCUUGCUUUGAGUGGACAUGAUAAAACAGAAACAAAGGAACAACUUGAUACAGAGACAAGUACAACUCAAUCAGAAACUAUUCAGACAGCGGCUUCUCUGUUGGCCUCUCAGAAAACAUCCAGUACAGACCUUUCUGAUAUCCCUGCUCUCCCUGCAAAUCCUAUUCCUGUUAUCAAGAAUUCAAUAAAACUGAGAUUGAAUCGGUAAAAACAACCUCAGGGGUCCAUAAACAAUAUCUGCCAAGUCAACCUGUUGUCUUCAAAUGCUAAAAAAGGAGAAUGGAGGGUACAAGACUAGACGUGACUGGAAAUGGAUUUAGGUUUUGUGGCCUCCCUUACUGGGCUAAUCAGCACUUGAUCGGAAGUCCAGGUUAGUAUGUGAAGCCAGGAGUACUAUUAUUGUGUUAGCAACAGUUGCAUUAACUAUUUCAAAAAAUUACUGCCUUUAAAAAAAAAAAAAAAAACACCUCAAGCUAUAUUUGUAUCCAUAAUUGACAUCUGGAUUGGGUUUAUGUUUGAUGCAUUGUUUGGAAAAUUUGCAAUACAAACUGGCAUAAGAAUUCCUUGUUCGAUGAUGCACUUUUAUGUAUUUUUUUUUAUUAGAAAGUAGAACUAAUUUUAGAUUUUCAGCUUGAUGGAUUUUCAUUUUUUCCUGAAAAACUUCCUUUACCAUUAGUCUUCAAAUUGGAUACCGUCGUGCAGCGAUGUGCUGUUAUACGUGAGGGAAGGGAUAAGAGUACAUCUCGUUCAGUCAGUUGCGGGAGCUAGAACCCCUCAAAAUGAAAUGUCACGUCUAGGGUAUAUAUUUGACAUUGAAACAAUAAUUAGGAAAUAGUUGGUUUUGAUGCGGUCAUGAUUAAGAAAUGAUAUAUUGGUUUUAUUUAUAGAAUUGUUCAGAGUGCAUACAAAUCAGCGAUCAGCCAGCAUAUAUUUUUCUUUGAGCUUAGUAAAACUCCACAUUUCUUUUGCCUUCAAUCUGUUGUCUUUGAAACAAAGCUUUUUUUGCUCCCUCCCCCUCUUCUUUUCCCCUUUUUGCUUGUAUGCAUAAGGUAGAACUUGAGUUCAUAAGAAACAAAAUGCCAGUAUUUUCUUAAGCCAUGAUGUAAAACCAAUGACCCUGUGGCCACAUGGCACAGAACACUAAAGUUUGGUCCCGUGGCUGAGACUUGAGGGUGACUAAAAGUGAUGCGUGUGGAACAUGAUGACCUGACUUGGAUGGCCAUUUGAUCUCUCAGUAUGCGGGAUUUUGUACACUCCACGGAACUCCUCUCUACGGUAAAGUUGAUUUUCAAUUUUAGACAUGUGGGCAAAAAGGCAUUUUCUCCAAGAAUUUUAAACUAAUUUUUAUUUUUAAAUGGUUGACCAAAAUUUGUCAGUAAAUUUUACAUGUAGAAACAUUUUAAAAAUCAUUUCUAGCAAGCACUUGGCAUCUAGUAAGCCCUCUACUCCUUUUUUGUUUUGUUUUAUCCGAUCAGUAGAUUAGGAACUCCUUUCUUUAAAGAAAAUAAAUCCUCAUAAUUAAACAGCAGAGUAUCCAUCUUCACGAAGUCUGAGGGAUGCCAGAUGUUGAUAAACUUAGUUAUUCUUUCUUAAUCUGGACAGAGCAAACCUAACAGAUUUUUCUGAUGAGCAUGUUUUACGACUCUUCCAUUGUGCUCCAUUCUAUCACAUGUGCAUUUUUCAUGUUAAACUGCAGUUACUUAAACUCUUCCCCUGUCCUUCUAAAUUAAUUUUCCAAAGUUGGAGUGUAGUCUUUCCCCUUAGGCUAUGCAUUAAUGGAGGCUUUCUUUUCACCGUACCUUAUAAUGUCUAGUAGACCGUGUUUCCGCUGCUUCCCACAUCUUCGCUCCGCACAGUCACCUUGCCCUUUCUCCCGCCACCUAAGAAAAAAAAAAAAAAAAGAUGGUCAUG